ACACACACACACACACAAGAUCUCACAGCUCCUAAAUGUUGACUACACUCGUUGCAAAGCGCAACAGUUGACAACACUGGGGAUAUAACGUAUAGAUUUACAUUGCGCGCACCGUUUGGAUUUACCUGAGUUGUGCACAAUUGUCUGACCAGUCCUGCCUCAACAGUAAGAAAGGCUUAAGUGAAGUUUAACUGAAGAAAGAGAUGGAAAACUACAACUUGGACGAGGGUACAGCAUCUGCGGACAGCUAACGGUGACUCCGACCCAUAACCCAUUAAAACAAUGGUAUAGGGGAUAGAGACAACCAGCAGACCACAGCAGUUGGAGAGGCUGAAAGUUGUUCUUCAAAGAUAUCUAAGAGUAGGAAUGUCUGUUUAACAGUAGUCCUGUUUGCUUUGGAUCCAUGUAUAUUCUGCCUUUAUAAGAUGAUGGUCGUCAUGUGCCGAUUCUUGAGGUGUCUUUUUGGAUACAGCUACUGAAGGUUGGUUUCAAGGAGUCAGACUCUGACAAGAGACCUGGGAUGGCGAGCACAAACAAUAGCAGCAGUGGCAGUUGCCUGAUUGAUGAUUCCUUUAAGUACAACCUGUACGCGGCUGUCUACAGCGUGGUCUUUGCCCUCGGACUGAUCACCAACUGUGCCUCCCUUUUUGUCUUCUGCUUCUGCAUGAAGCUCCGCAAUGAGACCACCCUUUUUAUGACCAACCUGGCUGUCUCAGACUUGCUUUUCGUCUUCACUCUGCCCUUCAAGAUCUUCUACAACCUGAACCGCCACUGGCCCUUUGGAGAUGAGCUUUGCAAGGUAUCAGGGACGGCCUUUCUCACCAAUAUCUACGGCAGCAUGCUCUUCCUUACAUGCAUCAGUGUGGACCGCUUCCUGGCCAUCGUCUACCCUUUCCGUUCUCGUUCCAUAAGAACCAGGUGCAAUGCCGGGAUUGUGUGUGCCGGGGUCUGGCUGCUUGUCCUGGGAGGUGGGAUCUCUGUUUCUUUCUUCUCCACCACCAAUGUGUCCAACACUAGCACCACCUGCUUUGAGGGCUUCUCCAAGUCAACCUGGCGGACAUACCUGUCCAAGAUCACGAUCUUCAUUGAGCUGGUUGGCUUCCUUAUCCCUCUGCUCCUCAACCUGGCUUGUUCUUCAAUGGUACUCCGGACGCUUCGCAAGCCUGCCACCCUCUGCCAGAUUGGAACCAACAAGGAGCGUGUGCUCCGGAUGAUUGUGGUGCACGUGGCUAUCUUCGUGGUCUGCUUCGUUCCCUACAACUCAAUCCUCUUUCUCUACGCCAUGGUGCGCUCCCAGGCAGUGGCCAGCUGCAGACUGGAGAGGUUCGUCCGGACCUUUUACCCCAUCACACUCUGCAUCGCCACCCUCAACUGCUGCUUCGACCCUUUUGUCUAUUACUUCACCUCUGAGUCCUUCCAGAAGUCCUUCAGCCACGGGAAGGUACAGAUCAAGAUGGACAAUGCGUUCAGGAGCGAGGUUCCCCUCUCCAGCAAGGACAGUCUGCCGUCCAUUCAGGAGGAAGGGGUGGUAGCUGACAGGACAGAAGUCAAUGGCAGAAAAUUAGUAUUAGAGUCACAGUUCUGAUCCCAAAUGUUAAGCAGGGAUGGUGAGGCCCAUUCUUCCACAACAGGAAAGAUUUAUUAAAAACAAGACAGGAUGGACUUUCUGAGAAGCAAAUAGGCCUGGCCAAAAACAAAAUGAGUACAUUAAAAGGAACUUUCUUUGGGGAAGGGAGAAAGGGAUGAGGAAAGCCCUUUAACUGCUAACUUUUUGUAAAGAUCCAUGUAUGACAAGUGUUGAGUCACAAAUGCAGUUUCAGUUGUAUUGAAGACCACAGCAGUGUGUGAACUGCCAAGUAAUGUGUAUGUGUUGAAGAAUUGUGUGUUUAACAGAAAACAACAACAAUGCUGAAAGAACCUAACCCUAGGAUUACAUUUUGAUUAUGGCACUGCUAUACUUACAGCGUCUUUUUAAAAAUGAACCCAUCAAUUAUCUUUUAUCGCUGUUAUUAUUUGUUUUGAUAUUUGGUUCAUUUGUAAGCUGUUCUAAGGAUGGUAUUGCCAUUAUUAAAAUGUAAUCCUAUGGUAAGUUUUGACAGUCUUUUUACUAAAUAACUUUAUAGGUCUUUAAAGGUCUCCUGCCUUCUAGCUUAGAGCUGUGUUUGAUGGCUGCCAGCAGGGUACUAAGCUAACCCACUCAUGCAGAAGAUGUUUACUUGCUAGUGCCUGAGCACAUGUGUGUAUGUUGCUAUUAGAAAGACCUGUAUUUCUAUAUCUCUGUACAAACAUUGGGGGAUUAUAAAUGCUUGGCUAAUAUUUAAUGCUGCAGAGCACUGUUAUAAAUAAAUGCAUUGUACAGUAAAGUUGUAACUUCACUGGAACUAGCAUGUGAUUCAUGUAUUUUUUACAGGUGAUUAUUACACAACAAAUACAGUAUAAAGUGUCUUACUCAACCAUUAAAUAUCUAAUUGCAUACAUAGAAGUUUACUAUGGUCAAUUAACAGUGUGAGUGCUUUCCCAGUGUUUAUAAUGUAGUGCACUUGGAUUUCAUUUUGCUAUGAUUUUAACAUGUUAUACCAUACAGCAAUAAGAAAAAUAUUUAAGAUGUUAACACCCUGAGAAAUACAGAUAAGCAUGACAUUAUUGCGCAAUGUGGCUUAAAGUGUGACUAAGGCUGUUUCCAUGGCAACUGCUAUGAAGGAGGAACCACCCAAACAAAACCAGUGAAAGCUGAUUGGGGACAGCAGCCCACACCCAGAGCAGUGUCUUGCAUAGAAUCUAGUUUCUCAUUUACUUGCCACUGAAAUAAACGAUUUCCACAAGCAACAGACCUAACAGCAAAUGUGGGCUAUAUACAGUAUAUGUAUUUGCAUGUGUAAAGUGCAACAAAGUAUAUAUGUUGAUGAUGUGUCCCCAAGUUAAAACAGAAAAGUAGAUAAACUGCUUUUGAUGUAUUGAAGACAUUAAUGCUGCAUAUGCUGUAGAGCUCUACAUUUUGUGAAUGGGAUUCAUAAACGGGCAGAAGAUUAAAUAUUUAAAGAUGAGUGUUUUCCCACUGUGGAUAUCCAUAAACUCGGAAUAAAAGAGCACUUUUUUGUUAAA